GGUGAGGAGCCAGGCGAAAGCAGUAAAAUUAAUGGGGGGGUGGAGGAGGGAACACAAGUGUGUUCCUGCCCUCGGCAAAGAUAAGGAGCAAUGCAGGGGAGUUGCCCAAGGUGUGAGCAAUGAAAAAGCUAUCUGCAGAACAUGACGUGGUGUUCAAAUUCCUGUGGGAGAUGAUUAAGUCUCAGACGCCCUGCAAUUCACAUGGCACCUGGUUUCGGCAACACGGAGAGGGGGACUGCAGAUCCCUCGGUCAGCAUCGCCAGGCGGGACGAGGCACACCACAGUCGAAGAGCGUGCCGACUUUAAACGUAGGCGAGGAGGGUGCAGAUCUUCCCCACGAUGCCACACAGCCGAUGUGGAGUCACGCUGGCGCUGCUGUCCCUCUUGGCAGGGACGGUUGGGGCAGUGUCGCUGGGAUCAGGAGAGGUGGGCCAGCUCUACGUGAUUGCCGGGACCCCCCUGAGUUUGAACAUGCGUUACCCUGCGCUGGCCAGGCGCAGGAUCCACAGCGUGAGCUGGAAGGUGGACGAGCCAAUCUUCCGACGCAUCCUCCAGUACAUCGUGAGCAACAACAAGACAUACCCGUCCUCCACCUACAGGGGGCGCUUCCGCUUCCACAGCGAGAACGGCACCCUGGUCCUCCGCAACUUCACGUCCCGCGACGCGGGCCUGUACUGCAUCACGGUGACUGACGUCGAAGGGGCUGAGCAAACAGCUUGCACCCUGGUGCGGCUGUACGAACAGAUCUCCGCGCUGUCCAUUGAGGCAUUUAGGAGCGCCUACAAUCUGACCCUUCACUGCUCAGCGCAGAAUGGGACAGAUCUCCACUACCAUUGGCUAAAAGAUGGUGAAAAUCUUACAGAAACCAAUGAUGUGCUGAUAUCUGAUGAUGGCCAGCGACUAGCCCUUACCUCUAGAAAUCCAACACUUUGCGGGAUCUUCACCUGCCUCGUCACCAAUAAACUCGGCCAAGAAUCAGUGACCAAGACCGUUUCAGGUGCUGAAAAGAGGAUCGCGUGGUCUUUGAGCUCAGGGAGGAUUGCGAUUGAACCGAUCCUGGUGGAAAAAGAUCUUUCCAUCACAUCUCCCGGGACACAAAACAUCAAUCAGCAUUUCCUACCAUCCAGACUCUCGCCAGAGCGCAGUGGAUCUAACAGCAUAUCUCACUGUUCAGACUCUGCACUGAUCACAGUGGAUCUAACCGUAUCUGCCUCUGUCCAGACUCUGCCCAGAUCACAGUGGAUCUAACCCUGUCUGACACUGUCCAGAUUCUCCUCAGAUCGCAGUGGAUCCCACAGCUCCUCCCACUGUCCCGACUCUUCCCCAGAUCGCCAUGGAUCUGACAGCUCUCUAAGAAUCCAGUAGCUCCCCUGCGAUCUGCAGGAAGAGGUGGUUUCCAUGGGGGUGGGUGGGGGUUGUGUGGAGAUCACGAAGUGAAGGGAGCAGUCCUGCUGCUACUGGAUAUGAAACACAGCUGGAGGCUAUUCAGCCCAUCACACUAGAACUGUUGGUCAUUGACAAAUCACCUAUAAAUGCUUUAUUUUUGAUAUCGUAUGUGUAAUUUAUUAUAGAAUAAUAAAACCAAU